AUGACAGCCGACAUGUUAUUCAAGGAAGACGAAAGCGUAUUAUGCUUUCAUGGGCCAAUGCUCUACGAAGCUAAGGUCCUGACGGCCGAAGUAUGGGAAAAUCGCCCUGAUGAAGAACAAAAUGGUCCCCAUUACUUUGUUCAUUACAAGGGAUGGAAGCCAAAGUGGGACGAAUGGGUUCCUGAAGAACGAGUCCUCAAAACCACCGAAGAGAAUAUGAAACGACAAGCUGAUCUCAAAGCUAAUGUCGACGGCGGAAAGAAGGGUAAAGGUGCUGCCGCAAAGGCCCCUGGUGCUGAUGCUGAAAAGAAGGUCGCUGCCCAGAAACGUAAAUUGGAAGAAAUGGCUGCAAAGGAAGAAGAAUUCGUAAAGAGACCGGAAAUCAAAAUACCCAUUCCCGAUGCUCUCAAAGUCCAAUUAGUGGAUGAUUGGGAGAAUGUUACCAAGAAUGGGAAAUUGGUACCACUUCCUCGCAACCCCACUAUAACUUCACUAUUGGAAUCAUAUCGGGAAUCAAUCAAGACUAAAAAGAAUGCUGGUCGUGAUCUUCGAGCAGACGACAUCGUCACUGAAGUUGUCGAAGGCAUCAAACACUACUUUGAACGAUCGUUGGGAAAUGUCUUGCUAUACCGACAAGAACGACAGCAAUAUCAAGAACAAUUGAGGAAGAAUGAUUCGGGAAAGGCUAUGGCUGAUAUUUAUGGUGCUGAGCACUUGUUGAGAUUGUUUGUUCAAAUGCCGAAUCUAAUUGCUCAUACUAAUAUGGAUCAAGAUGCUGCUGAAAUUCUCAAGGAUCAUUUCGUAAACAUUCUCAAUUUCAUGGCUCGAAACCAAAAGGAACUCUUUUUGGAUUACCAAACUAUAUUCACAGCUGGCGAAGAGGCUCAAGCCGCUGGUAAUGCAGGUGCUGCCGCAGAUAUUGAAAUGAAGGAUGCAUAA